GGAAAUCUUUUCAUACUAAAUCAGCAUAAUGGCCGUCGACAAAAUCAUCCAUUUAUCCAUGUACCGCUCGCUCGUCUGCGGAGCUUUUCACCGGUUACUAUAGCCACACGCCCCGAAGUCUCCGUUUUCGCAGCGUUCCUCCUAUGGCCUUGCUGGUUGCCCCACCCACAAUGCACUGCCAGAGGACUUGUGUCCCAGCUGACCUGCUGUAACCCCAGCCUCCCCAUCAAUCCGGUCCACAGUACAUUAACACAGCUGGGUGCGAUGAGCCCAUCCACUGCCAGCCUUUACUUUCCAUUGCAACUCUAAUCACAAGAACUCACUGAUCUUUGCUCCUCAUAGUACCGAAGCCAUGUCUGGUUCAGGUGACUUACCAGCUCUCGAAGGGCCUGGGAUGGGCGGGAUGAAGCUCCCCAUCGGUAUGACCCGCCGGGCGCUCAGCUACGAUGACAACCUAGAGGCACCCAUGUCGACACCCCCACACGACAUUAACAUCACCAACCUGUGGAGGCGCCCCGUCGUGCCCGAGAGGAAGUUCAACCUCUUGGCUGAGGAGGACGAAGGUGUUGCGGCCUGUCAGUCUAACAUGUUGGAGGGCGCCCCCGCCAGGUCCACAAGUGUGGUGAAGACCAAGGCUUCCUCUCUCAUCCUUAACUCUCUCAUCACCAAGCAGACUCAUGACAGCAUGUACAAGUUUGAGCAGAAAGCGGGCCUCAGCGACACUGGUUACACUCCCCAUAAAGGCCUCACGGCAGAGGAGACGAGACAUCACCACCGCAUGCCCGAAUCCUUCCAGAAAAUGCAGAUUCAGAGCCUGGAGGCUCGGGAGGAGCGCCAGAACUCGUCAGCCCAGUCCACGCCAUCCACCACUCCGCACACCUCCCCGAAACAGCAACGCAGGAGCUGGUUCAGCAGCACCAGUUCGGACGUCAGUGUGAGCUCCUCCAACAGCAGCGUGGAUCUGGUGGGAGGCGACGCAGGAGGAGGGAUGCUGGAGCGCUGGGGCGUAUUUGGGCCACGACCGCUCGUGCACAAGUCCACCUCCGAUCUGGGCACCGAUCCGUCAACACAAGGCUUUGCACUGCAGGCAUACCGUGGCGUCCACAAGCCCAGUGCCGCGGAGGUCAUGAAGUCACAGGCGACCUCCCGGUUGGCCGAUGGGCCCGACGCCCAGAGG